ACAUUGUUUUAACAAUCGACAACGUAAACCAAUCAGAUCUCUUUAUUACGAAUGACUAUUUUGAUCGAACGCAUGGUCACACAGACAGGACAAGGUGAAGAACGUUCGGUAGUAAAGUUUGGAAGCAAGAAAGUGGAAAGCUGUGAAGAAGUAAAUUAGCUUCGGAUCACUAUGACUGGAAGAGCAAGAGGUAGAUCAAGAGGAAGGGCGCGUGCUGUGCAGGCAGAACCUGCACCUGUGCCAGGGGCUCCAUCCUCCCUUGAAGAAGCACCACAGGUACCAACCCAGAAAGUUGCAAGAGGAAGAGGCCGUGCACCUACACAAGCACCACCAGCAGCAACACCUCAGCCGUCAGAACUGAAGAGACUUGGUGAACAGGUUGCAGAAAUGAAAGUGAGUGGAGGAGCAUCAGCUGAGGAACGUCCAUAUCGUGGUGGUGAUGAUGGAGGCCUUGUUACCAGACCAAGUAACAUAAGUGAGACAACUGGUUCUUUUGGAAGGCCAAUAAGUCUGAAAACAAAUUAUUUUGUUCUUGGUACUGGAAGCAAAUUUACAGGUUUUUUUCAAUACAUGGUUUCGUACAACCCUCCAAUUGAAAGCAGGAACCUGAAGUUUAUGUUGUUGAAGGAUCACAGUGAACUUCUUGGCACAGUGCGAGCAUUUGAUGGCAUGAUUUUGUAUCUGCCAAAGAAGCUGCCUGAUUUGGAGACCAAGCUAAUGUCAACAAGAAGAUCUGAUGGUUCUUCAGUUGAAAUCACUAUCAAGUUUACUAAUGAAUUCCCAUUCUCAUCACCACGCACAAUUCAGUUGCUGAACAUUAUUUUCAGAAGAAUUUUGAAAAUAAUGGAAAUGCAACAGAUUGGCAGGUCAUUCUUCAGCCCAAAAAGAAAUAUUGAUUUGGAUCAGCACAGGCUGCAGCUUUGGCCUGGCUACAAUACAAGCAUUCUUCGUUUUGAUGCUGGAGUUCUUUUGAACAUUGAUGUCUCUCACAAAGUUAUGCGUCUUGACACAGUGCUUGAUAUUUUGACUGAGUUAUACAGUCAAGUUGGAGAGAGCAGGUUCCAUAACAUUGCAACUAAGAAGCUGGUUGGGGAGACAGUUUUGACCAGAUACAACAACAAAACAUACAAGAUUGAUGAUAUUGCUUGGGAUAAAAAUCUGUCUCAUUCUUUUGCCAAAAGAGAUGGUUCAAAAAUCACCAUGAGACAAUAUUAUAAGGAAGCAUAUGAUAAGGAUCUGACCAAUGAUCAACAGCCAUUGUUGGUCAGUAAUCCUAAGAAAAGGGACAUACGCAGAGGACAAACAGAGCCCAUUCUACUUGUGCCAGAGCUUUGUUAUAUCACAGGGCUCUCUGAUGACAUUCGCCAGAACUUCCAAAUUAUGAAAGAAUUGGCAGUUCAUACCAGAAUGGGUCCUGAGCCUCGUGCAAAGCAGUUGAAAGCAUUUAUGGAUGAAUUAAACAGAAAUGCUGAAGCCUCCAAGCAACUGACAGACUGGAAUCUGGGAUUUGGAAAUGAUUUGCAUUCAAUCAAGGCAAGGAAUAUUCCUCCUGAAACCAUUGCCCAAAAGAGCAAACAAUUCUCAUACAAAGCUGAGGAUGCAGACUGGUCAAGGGAUAUGCGUGGAGCAAAUCUUAUUUCCACAAUUAAUUUGAACAAAUGGAUGAUCCUGUUUUCAUCUAGGGACAAAGGCAUUGCCCAAGACUUCUAUCAGACUCUGCAGAAAGUCAACCCACCAAUGGGCAUUGAAGUCAACAAGCCAGAAAUGAUUAUGCUUAAAGAUGACAGGGCAGAUAGUUACAUAACAGCUAUCAGGGAGCAGAAGCAACCAGAUACACAACUGGUGUUGUGCAUUGUACCCAAUAAUCGCAAAGACAGGUAUGAUGCCAUCAAGAAGUAUUGCUGUGUUGAUUAUGCAGUCCCAAGUCAAGUUGUGGUUAGCAGAACCCUGUCCAAGAAACAGAUGUUGAUGUCAGUUUCUACCAAAAUCGGGAUUCAGUUGAAUUGCAAGCUAGGUGGAGAGGUCUGGGCUGUGGAUGUACCAGUCAAGAAUAUGAUGGUGGUUGGGAUUGAUGUUUACCAUGACUCUUUGACAAAAGGAAAGUCAAUUGGUGGUUUUGUUGCCAGCACCAAUCAGUCAUUGACAAGAUACUACUCAAGAAUCACCCAGCAACAGACAGGUCUUGAGUUUGUUGACGGAUUGAAGACAUGCAUGACUGCUGCACUGAGAAAGUUUAAUGAGAUAAACAAGGUUUUGCCAGACAGAAUAAUUGUUUACCGUGAUGGUGUUGGUGAUGGCCAGAUACCUAUGGUAUAUGAACAUGAAAUGCCACAAAUCCGCGAAGCAAUUGCACAAAUCAAUCCUGGUUAUAAUCCAAAAUUUGCAUGGGUUAUAGUCAGCAAGAGAAUAAAUGCAAAGUUUUUCCUGGAGGCAGGAAGAAAUUUGGCAAAUCCUCCACCUGGUACAAUAGUUGAUAUUGAUGUGACAAGAUCAUCUGAGAAGUAUGAUUUCUUCUUGGUUUCCCAAUCUGUCAGACAAGGAACUGUGAGCCCCACUCACUAUAACAUUAUUUACGACACAUCUGGCUUGAAACCGGAUCACAUCCAGAGACUGACAUACAAGUUGACUCACUUGUAUUACAACUGGCAGGGCACAAUCCGUGUACCAGCACCAUGCCAGUAUGCCCACAAACUUGCCUUUUUGGUAGGCCAGUCUGUACACAAAGAGCCAGACCUAGCUUUGGCUGACCGCCUGUACUAUCUGUAAGAAGGCUGUUGGUGACAAGAAAGGUGUUAUUGCAUCUUUGAAGGAAAGAGACCCAUCUAUAUGACUUGCAUUGUUUUGUUCUCUUUGGCCAGCUGUUCAAAUUUAAGUGCCAAAUAUAUUUUGGUUCAUAGUAUUAUAACUUAAAUUUUGGUGGUAUAUAAGUGAUGGGUUUGUAAGGUUUGGUCAGAAUUUUCUUGCUAAUCAUUGAAAUUGCAGGAUGCAUACUUCGAGGGAGCUAGCCUGUGCUCUUUCUGCCAAAAGGGUGAUUUUGAGUCAAAUAAUGCUGAAGUCAAUUGUUCACAGUUCAAGAGAAGUUUUCAGUAUUGAUACGGAAAAACAAAGAAACUUCAAGAUUCUUGACAGAUUCAAUUUUGGUUACAUUUGGAUUUGAUUAUAUAAACAUAUGUUUUGUUGUGCUGUUACUUUCAUAUGCUGGGAUGGCUGAUCAGCAUCUUCAUCUACAUUCACAUAUUAUCCACAAGAUUGAUAUUUUUGUAUUUCUUAUAAUCCUUGGUUGAAGUGAUGUUUCUCUUUUUAUGUUUUAGAAUGUAGUUGGAUUUUUAGACUAUUUGUCUCUGGCUAUUUGUUGUUUUAGUUAAUGUAUGGCUAUCUUGAAAUGCCAGAAGUGUUCAUUUGGCAGUCACUUGGAUUUAACAAAAUGCUGAGCUGGUCUCGUUGGUAUAAUUUGUAAAUUUCUCCUUUUCUUCUGGGGUGAUCAUUUUUCUAGCAUAGUCUUUAUAUAACUAAGUUUAAUAUCCAAGUGAGCUUCAACGUGGACACUCCUGACUGCUUUUUACUGUAGUUUUGUUACUGUUUGUCAAGAUGAGGAUAUAUGUUUAUAAAAACCUCUCAAAAA